AAACUAUAAAGCCAACACAUAGACAUAGAAGCUAACCUAGUUCCUAGCUGUAGCUUCAGCAAACACCUUCUCUCUUCUCUUUCCUUUUAAUUUCUCUGUAAAAUGUGAUCUGUACUUGUGAUUGUGCCUAAACAGUACGGAUAUUAGAAGUGUGUCCAGUUCAUGCCAACAAUACCCUUUAAAAAUAUCUCAAACACCACUCCUACCAACUGUUAGUUCAUUUGUUUCACUACAUAUCCACUCACUCACUCACAUCUCUGUGUUUUGUGCAAGAACUUGCUUCAAAGAUGAGUAAACAACAAGACAUGAUGAAAAUUCAGAGUUGCCUUCUGAAGGUUAACAUCCAUUGUGAUGGCUGUGAGCAGAAAGUGAAGAAACUUCUGCAGAAAAUUGAUGGUGUGUAUUCUGUGAACAUAGAUGCUGAGCAAGGGAAGGUGUUGGUGUCAGGUCAUGUAGAUCCAGCCAAGCUCAUAAAAAAGCUGAAAAGUUCAGGGAAGCAUGCUGAACUUUGGGGUGGGGGUGGCCAGAAAGGCAUGAUGUUCAAUCAAAACUACCCUACCCACCCUCAGUUCAAGAACAUGCAAAUUGAUAACAGCAAAGGGGGGAAGGACAACAACAAGUCUCAGAAUCAAAAGGGUCAGAAGGGUGGUGGUGGUGGUGGUGGUGGUGUUCAACUUUCACAGUUCCAAAAUCAAAAAGGGGCAAAGGAUCUAAAAGCACCCUCCAAAAACCAGAAAUCUGUCAGCUUCAACUUGUCAGAAGAUGAAUUUGAUGACAGUGAUGAGGAUUUUGAUGAUGAGUUUGAUGAAGAUUUUGAUGAUUAUGAUGAAGAGGAUGAAGAAGAAGAGUAUGGUCAUGGACAUGGUCAUGGUCAUGGCCAUGGACAGGGCCAAGGCUUUGGGGGGCAUCCUAUGCAGAACAAGAUGAUGCCUAUGAUGGGGAAGGGCCUCAUGGGGCCACAAGGGCCUGCUGGUAUGAUGAUGAUGAAUGGGGCUGCCAUGAACAACCAUAAAGGGAAUAAUGCUAUGAUGGGUGGUGGGGGAGGGAAUUUUGGGGGUGCCAAGAAAGGUGAAGUCAUUGACCUACCUGUAAAAAUGAAGGGCAAAGGUGGAAACUUCAGCAAUGAGGGGAAGAAAGGUAAUGGAGAUGGAGGUAACAAGAGCAAAGAGGGAAAGCAGAAAGGUGGAGGUGGGGGAGAUAGUAGUAGUGAUAAGAAGAAGAAAACCAAAGACAAAAAUGGAGGUGGUUUUCUAGUUAAGUUUUUAGGCCUUGGGAAGAAGAGCAAGAAGGGAGGAGGAGGAGGAGGAGGUGAGACAGCAAACAAGAACAAGAACAAGAACAAGAACAAUGGAGGAGGAAACAACAAAGGGAAAGAAGGAAAGAAAGGUGGAGGAGGAGGAGGAGGGAAAUUGGAUAAAAUUGACUUUGAUUUCCAGGAUUUUGACAUCCCUAGUCAUGGUAAAAGUGGUGGCAAGGGCGGUGGCGGUGGUGGGAAGGGCAAUAAAAAUGGCCAUGAUCAUGGUCAUGGUAAUGGUGGUAACAUGAAUGGUAAUGGGGGUCACAUGGAUCCAAUGAGCCAAUUGGGUUCAAUGGGCCAGAUGGGUCCAAUGGGCCAGAUGAGGAACAUGCCGGCGGUGCAAGGGUUGCCGGCUGGGGCGGCUGCCAUGAACGGCGGUGGCUACUAUCAAGGUAUGCAGAUGCAACCCAACCCAUACAACAUGCAGCAGCAGCAGCAACAACAGCAGUACAUGGCUAUGAUGAUGCAGCAACAACAACUGCAACAACAACAACAACAACAGCAGCAGCAGCAAGCAAACAUGAACAUGUACCCACAACACAUGAUGUAUGGGAGGCCACAUCCAUCCAUGAACUACAUGGGGCCACCGCCAAUGCCGUCGCACCCCAUGACGGAUCCAAUGACUCAUGUUUUCAGUGAUGAGAACACUGAGAGUUGCAGCAUCAUGUAAAUUGCUAAUGGCUAGUUAAGGUUUUCAGUUUUUAUUGUUUCCUAGUCUUUUUUUUUGUGGGGGGUUCAUUAAAUUUUGCUGUUAGUGGUAGAAAAUGUGCAAGGUUUUAGGAUCAUUUGAUAUAUAAUAUGCUACUGCUUGUUUUAUUUUGCA